UCGCGUUUCAUCCGUCGUGUUGCAUCAGCUCCGAACGCGAAAGGCCUCUUUCACCUGAGCCCGAAGUCCCCAACUGCGACAUCCACAAAGAAUGGGUUGCUGUCUCCUGGUGACAUACCCCCCAUUCCUCAUACUGCAUAUGAAUACGGCACCUCGCAGGAAACGAACUCACUGGAGACCGUGUCGUCCGCCACAACCUCGGUUGAUCCACAGAAGGCCAAGGAUCGGAUUGCGAACGCGCAUCUGCCGAUGGAAGGGCCGGGGAAAGUUGCAUUCCGGCGGACGUAUUCUAGCCAUUCGAUCAAAGUCAGAUCAGUCGAGGUGUCACCAUCCAGCUUCCAAAAAAUCAAAAUGCUCGGAAGGGGAGACGUCGGCAAGGUGUAUCUUGUACGGGAGAAGAAGACCUGUAAACUUUUCGCGAUGAAAGUGCUCUCUAAACGAGAAAUGAUUGAGCGAAACAAAAUCAAGCGCGCCCUCACGGAGCAAGAGAUCCUGGCCACAGCAAAUCAUCCAUUCAUUGUGACAUUAUAUCAUUCAUUCCAGUCGGACCAAUAUCUCUAUUUCUGCAUGGAAUAUUGCAUGGGAGGAGAAUUCUUCCGCGCUCUUCAGUCUAGACCAGGCAAAUGUCUUCCAGAAGAUGCGUCGCGGUUCUACGCGGCGGAAGUCACUGCUGCCCUCGAGUAUUUGCAUCUCAUGGGUUUUAUAUAUCGUGACUUGAAGCCUGAAAACAUUCUCUUGCAUCAGUCAGGGCAUAUAAUGCUGUCGGAUUUCGACCUUGCAAAACAAUCUAGUGAGCCUGGCGGCCGACCAGCCACCAUUCACCAGCAGGAAAGCGGGAUACCUCUCAUUGACACCCGCUCAUGCACUGCUGACUUUAGGACAAAUUCUUUCGUUGGCACGGAAGAAUACAUUGCCCCAGAGGUCAUAGAAUCGUCUGGCCACACCUCGGCCGUAGAUUGGUGGACGCUGGGUAUUCUGAUUUAUGAGAUGAUCUAUGCUACUACUCCAUUCAAGGGCCAGCACCGGAAGGAUACUUUUAACAACAUACUCCACCUACCCGUGUGGUUCCGCGACAGCCCCAAGGUCUCAUCAUCGUGCAAGGAUGUUGUCAUACGGUUGCUCGACAAGCGGGAGUCGACACGUUUAGGAAGCAAAAGCGGUGCAUCAGAGGUCAAGCAGCACAAGUGGUUCGCGAAGAUCAACUGGGGCCUUCUGCGGAAUACCAAGCCUCCGAUCAUACCCGUUGUGUCCAACGGCCUCGAUGCCGUCAACUUCCGGCAGAUGAACGAGUCAUCGUCGCUCCAUCUUGAAAAAGAGAAGCCCUCGCAUUCACCGCAGCACUCGCCCCGGCCGCCUUCGCACAUCCCCCAGGCGGUGCAAUCGCAGUAUGCGGUCAAGGGCGGCAUCCCCGGCACCCCGGGCGCAGACGACGGCUUGGAGCCUCCGCCGCAGGACGUGGACCUCUUUGGCGCAUUCUCAAGCAUCACGCUUCACUAUGACGGUGAAUCGUGAUGUGCGAUGGAGCGCGUGCCGGCGCAGGACAGGCCUGCGACCGUCGAGCGUGCUGCUGCGGUCUGCAGUCUCGCUCGGUGCGUCACUCGUGGUCGGAUCUUCAAGAUGUUCUGGCUGUCCACGCCGGACCUUCCCGCCACGCUGCGGAUGCUGGUCGCGCGCCCCCUAACCCCGCCUGCUCGGCUCUCGCUGUCCGUGCUCUUUCGCGUCAUUUCGUCCUGCUGUGCCUUGUGCUUCGUUUCUGGUGGAUCUGGAUGCCUGUUUGCGUUGUCCGUCCGCGCUCUUCUCCCCUCCCUUCUCGCCCAUGUUCUGGUCCCUAAUUGCGAUAAUCUCGAGGAAUCUGGAAGGGAUUUUUAUUGCAUGUUUGCGUAUGGUUGUGCUGCUGCUCCCGUUUUGUUCGGUUGUCACGAUAUUCCGACCUAGUCGCUGCAUCUUUGCGUUACCGCCUCA